GCGCACAUCAAUCUGUCCAGGCGCCGCUCGGCCUCUCCCUAUUCUCCUCGCGAGCCGCCGCUUUCUUCUUCUUCCCACGCCGAGAGAAGAUGGGGAAGCGAUGGAUCCCGCUCGAGGCCAACCCCGACGUCAUGAACCAGUUCAUCUGGGGACUGGGAGUCACCGAGGGGGAGGCGCAGUUCUGCGACGUCUACGGCCUCGACGACGAGUUGCUCGCCAUGGUGCCCCAGCCCGUCCUCGCCGUCAUCUUCCUCUACCCGCUCACCUCUCUGGAUGAGAAGGUGGAGGAAUACGAUGCUUCUGCCACCUCGGCGGCAGGGGGCAAGGAUUCAAACAAGAAGGUGUACUUUACAAAACAGACUAUUGGCAAUGCUUGUGGAACAGUUGGUGUUAUUCACGCAAUAGGGAAUGCUGCAUCCGACAUCAAGCUGGUUGAGGGAUCUUAUUUUGAUAAGUUUUAUAAACAAACAGCUGAUAUGGAUCCAGUUCAGCGUGCUGUCUUUCUCGAGGAGGAUGAUGAGAUGGAGGGUGCUCAUUCUGUUGCUGCUACUGCUGGUGAAACUGAUGCAAAUGUUGAGGUCAAUGACCAUUUUGUAUGUUUCUCAUGUGUUGAUGGUGAACUUUAUGAGCUUGAUGGACGAAAAUCAAAGCCGAUAUCUCAUGGCCCUUCAUCACCUGAGACUUUGCUUCAGGAUGCUGCAAAGGUCAUCAAAGCCAGGAUUGCGACGAACCCUGAUUCGAUGAACUUCAACGUCAUGGCUCUUUCAAAACAGUGAAUCAGUGAUGUAAAGUGGAACGGAUAGGUUUGGUCUUUUUCUAUUCUCAUGGGCUGGUGCCUGAUAGUCCGGCGUAAAAACAGAGACUUGGUUCGUUGCCUAAAAGUAAACUGUGCUCUUUGCACAAAAGUUAUAUCUUUGUCUUCUGGCUUUUGUAUCAGAAAUCAGAAAGGAGUAUUAGUUGCUGGAUUGAAAAA